GUCCAGACAAACGCAAUCGACUAGAGGAAAUCUUGUCUGACAAUGUUUCCAUCAUGGAAACUGAUGAUGACGAAAACGAAUUCAUUGACAUUGACAAGGAAGCCCCCCCGGGAUACUGUGUGGAGUGCAAAGAUCAACGGGCAGAUGUAUAUUGUCAACAAUGCAAUGAACCCUUUUGUGAAGUGUGUAAUGGAAUGAUUCAUCGUACUGGAAAGCGCGCAAAACAUACUAGCAAGAGUUAUAAGGCAUAUGUGGAAAGCGGUCAAAUCCAAGACAAAGCUGACACAAGCAUGGAUGCCGAACCUCAAACAGUAAAACCUGAACCUACACGUGCUGACUUUAAUGUGGGUGAAUUUAUGGAAGACAGAGCAAAGUAUAUUCCGGUACGAUUGACCAUGGAAGAAAGAAAAUUCCUUCGCCUAUUGGAAGCUGCAUUGAAUGUGACAGAAUAUACAGACAAGAUUGACGACAUCUCACACACCAGCAAGGCCAAACGUACAGUGGCUCAAAUCAAGGAACUAUGUGCAGUCCUCACGGGUUUGGUAUUAGCUGGAGAUUACAGACGUGGUCAAGAGCUGUUUUCCGACAGAUCGUAUGAUGAGAAUCAAGAAUUCUUUCAGAGAAUCUUUGAGAUUGGAAGACGGCACAAGAUCAUGAAUCCUGAAAAAAUGCGAUCUGCAUAUGGAAAACUCAUGUAUCUGCUGGCGGAUUCAAUGAUCCCUGAAGUUCAGGAGAUGCUUGGAUUUACCUGUGUAACACCUAUCAAAUCUGUCUACAGUGUCCUCAAGGAAUGUCAUUGCAUAGAGGUAUUGCACGAAGAUAUUAUUUUGGUUGCAACCCACGAAAUCAUUCCCGAAGGCAAGACGCGCCCUCAGAUCCAGAUGGACAUCAAAAGAAAAGAACGAGCAAUCGAGCAACUGAGCCGCAAGUACCAGUCCAAGCACAUCUCGGCAGACGACAUUCGCCAAUGUCUCUACAGCAUUGGUGAUAAUCAAUCUUACUUGCGCGCCAACCGAGACCCAUGCGAGAGAGUGAUUCUUUACUUGGAAAAGUAUUUCCACCCAACCAAGGAAGAUCCUCGCUGUUCACUUUCCAUCGCAGCCGGUGCAGAAGGACAUCGGUUGAGCCACGACCACGAGACCCAGUACAUUUAUGUGAACCAGACUCUCAAACUCUGGCGUGAGAUUCUCAACGACAUGUUCAAACUCUGGACAUUUGCUGACCAAGACAUGCUCAGUACUUCCAACCCUUAUCGACUGAUUCACACCGGUCAAGGCCUUCAUCGAGUCCAAGCUUGCCCCCAAGUUUCUCGUGAGAUGCAUCGUACCUUGUAUCGGGCUCAGAAAAAAGCUGGGACAUGGAUUGGUAGUUCUGUUAUUCAUUUAGGUGAUAAGAAUGUACCCAAUUCACUCAUGUUUAUUGACAAGUAUAAUCAAGUUGCACGUAUUCUGAGCCCUAUAUGUCUUGCUUUGGAUAAACUUGAUGAGCUGAAAUCCAACGAUGGGCUGAAGAAGUAUAUUGAUAGUAAAUUUGGCGGUGUGACAGAGUGUAGGAAGGUUAUUCUUGCUGACUUCUUCCGUGGUGCCUUUGAUGGGUCUGGAGCAGACAACUUUUAUGAUGCAGGCAGUUGUAUUGACGGAAGAUUGACUUCUGCAUGGAACUGGUGCUCUCAAAUCGAACAAAAACCAUACUUUCCCGUCUUUCUACUAACUGGUUUCGUUGGGUUUGAUGGUGGAGGUUGGAGUUAAGCAUAAAACUUGCAAGCAAACUUAGUAGGAAUACCAGACUAUAAAAAUAAUAAUAAAAUAAGAAAGAGAGAAAGAGAGAGAGAGAUAGGGAGACCAAAAUUAAAGAGUAAUACACAGACACAGACACAUACACUACACAUACACCCACUCACAAACACACACAUAAAAUAUACAUUAUUUUACUCAUU